GGACCUCUGUCUUUGAAAUUCCUGUCUCUGCCUGUGUAUAUAUGUGUUGGUCUGCAUUGCAUGCUGGGCACAACUGUCCAUCUGGCAGCUGAAACCCAGCAGAAGGCGCUGCUAUAUGGCUGCACAUGCAGGCCAAAGAAGGAGCAUUGCUUGUUGCAUGCGUAUUGCGUAAUUAUGGAUUGUGUUUGAAGCCGAAGAGAAAUUAAGAUUAUUUUGCACUCAUCCACUUUGAUCCGUCCUACAUUUCCCUCCGAUCAUUUGAGCGAGCGAGGACACUGCGGAUAAAUAUUCGUUCGCUCUGUGUGCUGAUCUCUGAGUCUGAAGCUGGCAUGACCGCGUCUGUGGUCAUACAUUUCCAGGGACUUUGCCAGCAGUCAUCCCUCGUUUCAUUUUCCAAAACUCCACGAGCUUUUUCACUGAUCCGGCCCUUCUCUGUUGGGAAACACCAUGGUUACGGCGCUGGCAAGAGCUGACCUCGGCCGCUGCAAACAAACACAUGCGCAGGGAGCACAAACACACACUGCUGCUGCCGCUACAGUCCCCCCCCCCCCCACCAGAAUUGGGCGAUUGACAUAUCCCCCAUGGCUUCGGGGCCUCACUAGUCAGAGCUAAGCAGUAAUCAAAGCAGACACACAGGUCGAACUUUAUUAUGAGCACUCGAUACCAGCUGCGGGAACAGCCACAGGUCCUCUGAAAACACAGUAGACAGGAAAGAGCAGGGAAAUCAAAAACGGGCAGCAGAUACAUUGCGGCUUCGCUUGGGCCUGGAGUGCUGGUUUGAAGCUUUGGACUCAAUGAUGACCUUUUUUCUCGGAUAUUAAGUUGAACUUUCAGGACUUUCGUGGUGCCGGCGUGGAGAAAGUGAAGCUGAUGACCUGACAAAGGAGAACCUCUCAGAUUUUCUGCACAUCCAGUGUCAGCACAUUGUCCUGAAACCGUUGAGUCAAGAGCAAACCUCAGUGUGAGAGCCUCAGCUGGACAGGAACAGAGACUUUAAGUCAUCACCAUUACAGGCUGUGAGGACCAAGUGACUUCCUGACCCCACUGGUCUGUAGUGGUCCCACCACCAUGGGGAAGACUGGGCGGAGCACAGUGGAUUUAAACUCCCCGACGGAGGUCAAACAAGCAGUUCCCUUCGAGGAGCUGGAUCCUGUGGCGCCCCCUGCAGAUGAAAAGAAGAAAGAAGAGCCACCCGACAGGGGGAGCUGGAAGGGAAAGUUUGAUUUCUUGCUGUCGUGUGUGGGAUACGCCAUUGGUCUCGGAAACGUCUGGAGGUUCCCUUAUCUGUGUGGCAAGAAUGGUGGAGGGGCCUUUCUGAUCCCAUAUUUUCUGACCCUGGUGUUUGCUGGGAUACCUCUGUUCUUCUUGGAGACGUCUCUGGGACAGUUCACCUCAGUUGGAGGGCUCGGGGUGUGGAAGCUCUUGCCCAUGAUGAAAGGUGUCGGUUUGGCUGCAGUGGUCCUGUCCUUCUGGCUCAACAUCUACUAUAUAAUCAUCAUUGCCUGGGCACUCUACUACUUAUUCAACUCCUUUGGUUCGGAGCUGCCUUGGCAAAGCUGCGAUAACCCCUGGAACACGGAAAAAUGCUUUUGUAACUACAGUCUGACAGACACCACCAACCUGACCAGCGCCGUCACCGAGUUCUGGGAGCGUAACAUGCACCAGCUGUCUAGCGGUCUGGAGGAGCCAGGGGAGAUUCGCUGGCCCUUGGUGGGCACUCUGGCUCUGGCCUGGGUGCUCGUCUAUUUUUCCAUCUGGAAAGGAGUGGAGUGGACGGGGAAGGUGGUCUAUUUCUCAGCCACCUAUCCCUACUUCAUGCUGUUCAUCCUCUUCUUCCGCGGGGUCACCCUGCCUGGAGCCAUCGACGGGAUCCGCUUCUACAUCACCCCCGACUUCAACAAGCUCAUCCGCUCUGAGGUGUGGCUGGAUGCAGCAACUCAGAUCUUCUUCUCCUACGGGCUCGGCCUGGGCUCGCUCAUCGCACUGGGGAGCUACAACUCUUACAACAACGAUGUCUACAAGGACUCCAUCAUAGUGUGCUGCAUCAACUCCUGCACCAGCAUGUUUGCCGGCUUCGUCAUCUUCUCUAUUGUAGGCUUCAUGUCCUAUAUCACCAAGAAACCUGUGCAAGAGUUGGCAGCAUCAGGUCCAGGUCUGGCGUUUUUAGCUUAUCCUCAGGCCGUCACCCAGCUGCCCAUGUCGUCUCUGUGGGCCAUCCUCUUCUUCUCCAUGCUCAUGAUGCUGGGCCUGGACAGUCAGUUCUGCACAGUGGAAGGCUUCAUCACCGCUCUGAUGGAUGAAUAUCCCAUGGUGCUGAGGAAGAGGAAGAAGGUCUUCAUCCUCAUCGUCUGUCUCAUCUCCUUCAUCAUCGGCUUCUCUAACAUCACACAGGGCGGUCUCUACGUGUUCAAGCUGUUUGAUUACUACUCCGCCAGCGGGAUGUGCCUUCUCUAUCUCGUCUUCUUCGAAACCGUCUCCAUAUCCUGGUUUUAUGGAGCUGAAAGGUUUUAUAAGGACAUCGAGGACAUGAUCGGCUACAGGCCAUGUGUCUGGUGGAAGCUCUGCUGGAAGUUCUUCACGCCGCUCAUCUGCCUGGGGGUGUUUACCUUCAGUGCCAUCGAGAUGACCCCCCUCACCUUGGGGAAGUACGUGUACCCGCUGUGGGGCCAAGUGAUCGGCUGGUUCAUGGCGCUGUCCUCCAUGGUUCUGAUCCCGGGUUACUUCAUCUACAUGCUCUGCACCACCAAGGGCAGCAUCAAACAGCGUUGGCGGACGAUGACAACCUCCCUGGAGGACGAGAGGUCAUCGAAGCAUGAAGAAUUUACGCGCACGGGGAGCGUGGGCGAAGCUCCCGUCUAACCAGGACUGUUCAGGUCGAAAUAACCCCACUGGCAUUUUCUCCCCUCUGCCUCGACCUGCCGUAGCUGACAUUUGAAAUUUUGACAACUGGACGGAUGGAAUAUUGUACAGUAUGUUACAACAGGGUUGUUUUUUUUCCUCCAUCUUAAAUUAUGCCGAAAAAUCAGGCAACUAAAAGGAGGGGGGGUCAGGAUAGAAUGAAAUGAAAUGAUGUGCAUACACCACAUAUAUACCACGACGUCACCCUACUUGUAUAUUUUAUCAACAACUCAACAAAAUUACUGUUAUAAGGCCACAAAUGUCAUAAAUGUUGUUGUACAGAGGCAUUAAAAAAAUCUGGUAAAACUUGAUUCUAGGUGUGAAACUGUAAUGCGAUAUAAUUUGCUUGUGGUAGCUUAAAGAACAGACAAACCAGCCACUGUGAUGUUGACUAUAUUAUUAAUGUCAUUAAAGGUGUACAGGCUGUUUGUUGUUCUCAGUUAACCCCCACUUGGAGAUGUGUUCUAAAUGAUGAUGUUGUGUAAUCGAAAGUGUUAGAAGACUGUAAAUAUAAUUGUGUCAUUACGUCGAGUACGUUUAUUUUUUAAGUUGUUUCAUACUGUGGGUUGCAUUCAGUGCGAUAAAAUGCUCUGAUUGGUCAGUUUUGGGGCAGAUUAUGUCAAAUGAUGAUGUAUGAAGGAUUUUAUGUCAGUUUUUAAUGUGUUAAAAACUAAAAAAUAAACUGCAGCUGGUAACUCA